UCAUUCUGGCAGGAACAGCAAGUAGGAAAUUCUGGCUGAGAGCUCCCCAGCAGAGAGCUGGCCCACCAACCACCACUUGCAGGACUGGGCUACAAGAACAGCACCACCAGCAUCAUGCUGUUCCAGCCCAAGACCAAGACCAAAGGAGCCUUUGACUCCUUUACUCCAAAUGGCAUUAUCAUCCUCAAAAGAGAAAAACCCAAGCACAGCUACCAAAAGGAAGAUAACCCACAGAACAGUCUGAAGGAAGAAGCUACAGUUCUUGGAGUUAUCCAGAUCCUGUGUUGCCUGUUGAUUUCAAGUUUGGGGGCCAUUUUGGUUUCUGCUCCUUACUCUUCCCACUUCAAGCCAACAAUUUCCACCAUUUUGAUGUCUGGGUAUCCAUUUGUAGGAGCUCCAUGUUUUGCCAUUACUGGAUCCCUCUCGAUUAUUUCUGGGAAAAAAGCAACUAAGCCCUUUGCCGUGAGCAGCCUGACCUCAAGUGUAGUGAGUUCUCUCACUGCUGGAGCAGGCCUCUUCCUCCUUGCUGAUGGUCUGGCAGCCCUAGAGACUGCCUCUCGACGGUGUGACUCAGAAAGGGAGUACCUAUCCACACUGCCUUAUUCGAUGUACUAUUAUUUGAUAAAUGAAUUCAAGGGCUGUCUCCUGGACAGCGUCAGUCUAACAGGGGUGCUGGUGGUGAUGUUGGUCUUCACUAUGCUGGAGCUCUCACUGGCUGCAUAUGCUUCCAUCCUUUGGUGGAAAGAGGUGUAUUCCAACAACCCUGGGGUGAGUACUCUGAACACAUUUUCCUUGCCAAGUCAUAUUCAACAUGUCUAAAAGCUCUUCAAGGUCAUGUGUAUGAAAGUAACGCUUCAGAAGAAAAAGGAGAAAUCCAGCCCUCCUGGCAAAGUGUGAUUAUAAUUUCCUGAAAUUUCAGCUACUACAGACGCUGAAAGAAACUUUCAGAAAACAGCUUUUGUGUUGCACUUGCUCAGUGUGAGCGAUUUCAUUGCUUUUGAAAAUAAUCUCUCAAAAGCCCAGGCGGGUGAGCUGAACAGAAAGUGAUUCACCUACCCAUGAAUAAGAAGAGAAAAUGUGCACUCUUGUGCUAGUGUGACGCAGCCAAGUCACGUGGCUUUGCAGGCUCUGAGCCUGUAUUAUUUUCACACUAUGUUGCUUAAACACUGGGUAUUAGAGACUACAAGAACUUUUAAAUUAGAAGUACUUUAAAAAUAUAUGGCUCCAUUUCUGCCAAUUGAAGUGCAUUUCUGCCAACUAAAUGUGGCUCAAUAUUCUGUCUCAUUUUAUGACUUUAUUCUUAAAUAUGUGGCUUCAAAGAUUAUAAUUUAUCAUAACGCACUUCCUGAUCUAAGUUCUAGACCAAAUAAGAAAUUAGGCAUAUAGAAUGAAUAUCCACUUUAUUACUGUAUUGGAAUAAACAAUAAAUAACAUGACCUACCUUAUAAAGAGGGUCCCAAUAUUGUCCCCUGGAUCUAGGUCUUGGGUCCUAUCCCAAGACAAGGAUGCAGCAGAAAUGCAUACACAUGUUUUCCAAAUGACAUGUACAAAAAUGGUCAUAGAGCCAAUACACAUAAUUGCCUCCAAAAGGAAACUAUCCAAAUGACUAUAAACAAUAAAAGAGAGAAAUAACAAUUGUAUUAUAUUCAUACAAUGGAGUACUAAACAGGAAUGUGAAUGGGCAGACUAUAAUUACAUGCAGCCAUAUAGAUAAAUCCCAUAAACAUAAUGUUCAGGGGGGAAAGGGCCAUUUAUAAAAGAGUAAAUACUGUAUGUGUAUAAAGUUUAAACACAAGCUGAAUUAGCAGGUGGGGUUAGAAGCAGGAUGGUGGUUACCCUUGGGGGGUAGAUAGUUAUAGGAAGGGAACCCAGAGGGUCUAUGGGCUUGCAGAAACGUUCUUUUCCUUGAUCUGGAUGCUGGUGUCAUACAUAGGUGACUUGUGUUCUCUUGCUUCUGUUAUAAUUGAAUAAAAAUGUUUUUGAAAAAGUUACUUU